AUGAUCAAAUCGCGGAGCCUGACGUUCCACACGUCGCCGCGCAAGCGAAUCGCCUGCUCCGGCAGCAUCGACGAGAUCAAAGAUCUCAUGUGAGUGAAAUCUCGUCACUUCCAACGAAUUCGUCUCGAAAUUCCGAUCCGAAUCGUGUACUUUUUGCCUCAAAACUCAAGGAAAUUUCAGCACUUUUCCAAUUCCCAUGUGAAUUUCCAUCCACAUGAAGAGCUAUUUGUUUUUAUGGGCUUUUUUGAUUAGGAUUCUGUGCGCGUUUUAUGAUCUUGCGGAGGAAGAAGCCUUUUUGGCCUUUUUGAAAGAUUAUCCGAGGAGAGAAAGGUCGAAAAAGGAUUAGAAUCAGGAGGGAGGUUACUGUAACGAGGGCUUGUGUGUACACGCUGGAGUGCAGAACAAACACAUUUUUUUUACGUCAAAUUUUUUUAUUUCCGCUUUUUUCCAUCUUUUGUUCGUAUGUCGUCGUUUUGUAUUUAGAGACAGUCUAAUAUUUAUGAAAUUGAAGUUUUCGAUAAGCGUCAAGUGUGUAGUCCAUUGAAAAACGGGGGUUUUUUUUUCGCAAAAGUCUUUUUUUAUGUCUUUUUUUCUUGCGUUUUUUAUGCAAAGAAAUCGCAUUGAAAAGAUGUUUCGAUGAAGUUUCAAGUAUUCUUAAGUCAUCUUUUGGAUUUUUGUUGCGAAACGCGCCAAUAAAAAAGAAAUGAAACUACACAUUCUUUGCUUUUUGAAUAUUCUCGGUUUUACUUUUUUUUUUCCAGCCACACUACACGAUCAUCACAUUGGGAACCGCCUUGGGCCUCGUGGCGUUGCAGGUUUUUUUAUCUUCAUUUCGUAUCAAAAAUAAACAAUUUUUAUGAUUAUUUGGCUUUUUCACUGAAAUCUCAAGAGUAUCAUCUAACUUUUUUUUUUUUCUAAAGGAGAUAGUUUUAGGUUGGGAUUACCAUACGGCUGGGAGCAAGCGAAAGACGAUGACGGAAAUAUUUACUUUAUUAAGUGAGGAAGUUUUUUUAUUUUCUCUGAAAUUUCAUGUGACAAAGAAAUACAUCUUUCUCAGGGGAUCAUUUUCUCAAGAUUUCCAAAAAACUUAGAAGAAUUUUUCAGUCAUUUGAACCGAACAACGACUUAUGCCGAUCCAAGACAGUCAAGAGCGCCUGAAGGCCAGAGGACGGUUAUUGUUAAUAGGAGGUGUGGGAAUUUACUUUUUAAUUUUUUUAAUUUUUCUUUUUUUCAAGCCAUACCUUUUCUAAGAAGGAUUCAAAAAAAUGUCAAAGUCUUAGAGUUUGUUAGAAGGGUCAUGCAUUUAACUUUCUUUUUAAGAAAAGACAUCGGGUUCGGAUUUGUGGCCGCUGGACAACUACCCACGAUCAUUCAAUUUGUUUCUCCUGGUGAGUCGUAUUUGAAGUGUUUAAUCUGAUCUUUUGUUUAUUAGAAACUACGAAAUGAUUUUUUCAAUAUAUUGUUUAGUCUUUACAGAUUUUUAACCAAUCUUUUUCUUUGAAACUCGAGUUCAUUUAUUCUUUAUUGUAAGAUAAACUAAUUAUUUUCCAGAAGGACCAUCCGACGGGCUUCUCUACGCCAAUGAUCAAAUCAUUGAAGUGAAUGGCCUCAACGUCCUCAAUGAGACCAAGGAUAAUGUGAUUUUUUUUUCACGGCGUUUUUAAAAAGGUUUUCCUAAAAAAAAAUUUUGUGUUCACCCGGUUUCUAAGAAUCUUGGAGCAGUUCGGCGUUUAAAAAAAUUUAAAAAAUUUUUAAUUAAAAAAUAUGAAAAAAAUAGAAGUCCCUUACCCUGUAUACGGGUAUACCCCCGAUUUUAAGUCAAUUCGUAUUGUUUAGAAACAGUCGAGUUUAUUAAAAAUAACUUUAUUUUAAACUGAGAUUCAAGGAAAAACAUAAAUUCUUUCAAUUUUUUUCAUCAGAUUGUCAACGCCGUCCGAGCUGCCGAUGAAGAGCUGACGAUAACUGUUGAGCAGAUCCCACAGAGAAAUGUUGAUUUCUGUGCGUAGAAAGUUAUUUUAGAAUUCAUUUUUAGAGAACACCAAGAAAAAACUGUAAAGUGCGGUUCACGGACCGAGUUCUCGUUUCUUCGAUGCCUGAAUCGGUGAGUUUUUGAAAAUAUUCAAGUUUUCCAAGUUUUGCGUGCAAAUCCAACCGUUACUGGGGAAAGAAGAUCAGUUCCAAAAAGGAAUUUUAUUUUUUAAGCCCAUGGAAUUCCCUCCACCGUUGCCGAACGUGAUGCGGGUGUUCUUGGAAAACGGCCAAACAAGGUCAUUUCGAUAUGAUGACGUCACGACCGCCAAGGUUUCACCAAUAAAGAAAAAAUUUGAUGAAGUAGUUAUUUCAGGAUAUUUCUGAUUCCCUACUGGAAAAGCUUCAAAUAACCGCCGUAGGACAUUUUUCAUUAGCCCUGGAGUACUCACUUGGCGCCAGGACCAGUCGGAUCAGCUUGCUUCGGCCUGAGACUACUAUUAAAUCUGUUAGUGGAAGAAAUGUAAAACCAAAAAUUAAGGGGGCGUGGUCAAAACCUCCGCCGUUCCCAUGUGACGUCAUGGGAAGAAACGCGUAAACAACAGGAAAUAUUAAAAACGCAUCAAUGGGUCACGAGACGAAUCUAUUUCUCCUUUGAAAAAAUCGCGAAAAUUAAAAAAAAAUAAAUGACGUGUGCCAGAGCGCCGCAGUGUAUGCACACGACACAUUACACUUCACGGAAAAUGGGCGGGUCGUCGCCAAAAAAAAAACGCCGGGAGUGAUGACUUGAGAAGAAAAGUCAGGAGCAUAAAAACCGUCAAAUGCGAAACUUUGCAUUUAUUUUAAACUGUAAACCUUGAAAAUGUUUACUCAUUCAAUGCUUUCGUGAAGUAAAUUUCGAAAUUCGACUUAAAGGUGAUUCAAAUGCCCAACUCGGAACACCUCCGAUGCGUCUUCCGCCUUUCCUUCAUCCCGUCAGACGCCUUCACUCUCUACGUCGAAGAUCCCAAAGGCAUUAGAGUACUACUAUCAGCAAUGCAUCAACGACGUCGUCAGGGGCCGGUUCGCCUUCGAAAUGAGGUGAAAAUCCCCCGGAAAAAGUUGUGGAUGGAAGAUCUCGUGCAGAUAUGAGGCUUGCAUCCGGCUGGCCGCCCUCCACGUCCAGCAAGUCGCCUACGACUGCAAUAUUUUGAAGGAGGGACGCGUCUCGAUCAGUAGGAUUGAGUGAGUUUGAGAAAAAGUUUGAAGAAACGGGAAUGUAAUGAAGAAAAGAUCUCAAAGAAAAAUUUUUUUUAACGGUUUUUCAGGCUUGAAUCCUCCUAAUUUCUGCAUUCUCCGAUUUCUGGUCAAUAUAAUGGGCUCAUUUGAGCAAAACUUGAUGCUUCCUUUUUAAAAUAUCCUCAAAACUUUUUUUUUGAUCUUCCUAUCUGGAAAUUUAGUGUUAAAAACUUACAAAAGCUAAUUUCUUCAACUUUAAACGCUUAAUCUCAUUUUUCAAACCCACCUUCUGCACAGAUUUGGGAAAAAACGAAGUUUUAGAAAAGAAUACGGACUGGAGACGUUCCUGCCGUUGAUCGUCCUGGAAAAUGUCAAGCGACGGGAGAUCCGAAAACACUUGAGGUUCUACUUGAAACGCGACAACUCGCGGCUCAUGGAGUGUAUCGGCAAGCCCGCCUGUAACAAGCAGGAAGAGGAAGCUUGUUAGUGGCUUCUUAAGUGUUUUUCCCCUGAACUGGAGGCUUCAGCAACAGCCUCGGCGGCCCCGUGUGAACCGGGAGCCAUGGUCCGGCUCAAGUACAUCCACAUCGUGUCCCACUUGCCCUCUUUUGGCGGCCGCGCCUUUUCCGUCACCUUCAAGGAGAGCCAGAUCGACAUGAUCAUGCAGGUUUGAGAGGGAAAGAAAUAGUCUUUCAAGAAAAACGGUGAAAGUUUGCGGGUAAUGAAUACGGUUCACAGCUCUUAAGGCCAUUUACAUCGAAGGUAUGAAAGUUGGAAAGAUAGAGAGAUUAAAAUUUGAGCUUCUUGACAUACAUCGGCUACCACAGCCUUUUUGCAUGUACUGAAAUUUGCCGCUUUUGGGGGAUAGGCUGCACUUUUUGGGGGAUAGGCCGCAGUUCUAGGAGAUGCACCCCGGGGUGGGAUCCAGCCGGCGUAUAGUUCUUGUAUAUUGAGCCAUCGAAAAAAGGGUCCUGACACAAUAAUGCACGAGAUAGCGUCUGGCUCCUGGAGAGUGCAGACACGACGCGCCCCUAGUGUCCCAAGCUAGCCGUGAAUCAGCUAUAUGAAGAGUUUUGGGGUCUUAAAAACCAUAAUGAGAUUUCCAUGAUUAGACUUUUGUGAAGGAAUAUUUACUCGUUUACCUCCAAUUUUCUCCCAGGUCGAGCCGCGAACUGGCCUCUUGGUCCGACAUCCAGGCCGCUCGGGCCAGCCUUCCAUAUCGAUCGGUUUCGAUUUGAUUGGUCGCUUGGUCGUGUCCAGGGAAACUGAAGUCGCUUCUUUGAUCAGUAUCCGAUUGGCUAGCAAUCCUAAUCAGGUCAGUCAAAUCGGGAACUAAGAAAAAUUACCCUUUAUAUGACCAUAUUCAAGAGGAAACAACAUUAGAAGGUUUUUCAAUGAAAAAUCGAAUAUUUGACACUAUAAAUUGAUUGAAAAGUUAUUCAGUUUUGUUAAAGAAACAGGUUUUUUAAAACUUUUGGAACUUCUCUCUGAAAACUUUGAGAGUUUUUCAUUGAAUGGAAAGUUUUUUGAAACCUCUUCCUUCUAAAUGCAUCACCAAUCUUCAUUUUCACUUCAGGGCCUCGAAUUCCUGGUGGACAAGGAUGAUCUCGACGAUUUGGUCAUGUAUAUAGUUGGUUAUCACAAGGUGAUUCCAUCAUAAUCAGUUCAAAGCCUAAUUUCAUAGUUCCAGGUGCUCUACGGGUCCGAAUUACAGUGUGAAAUCAAUAAUGCGCCGCCGACGUUGAAGGAACUGCCGAGUGACGGUAAGUUUUUGAAAAAUGGGGGGAAAACGACUCGGAAGUGUACUUUAUUCGGAAAAAGAAUAAUUAGGAUUUUAAUCUAUCUUGAUAAAUUGAAUUCAAAGAUUUUUUUGAACGAGAGAGACAUGAUUUUUAUAUCUAUCAGGCAGUUAAAUUUUUAUACUUUUAAAAACAAUGGGAAUAAUUUCUUUACGAAGGGGAAAAUGGGAACUUCGACUAUUUUUAUUGUUUUGAGAUUUUUCAAACGUGUUUCUUUCCAAAAAUAUCUGCAAAACCCAACGAAAGUCUACUAAUUUCCAGCUCCACCCUAUUCCUCCGUCCAUAACGUUAUGCCAUCCGGAUGGAAUUAUAGCGGCGACGCGACGCCUACUGACAAAGUUGGAAUCAUUCUUCUAUUCGUUAAAAUAUUUAGUUUUCCAGAGCUUCGACCUCUCUGAAGACCCGCCUUCCUACGACUUGGCCAACUCUUUUGUGGAAAUGGCGGCCGAGAAGAGAAAAUUCGAGAUGAACUUGCAGCAGAGCGAGAAGUUAGUGUUCGGUAGAUGUAAUGAGAGAAAAAAAAAACUGGUUUCAGAGAAAAUUUUUAAAAGGUUUUUUCGACUUAUGAGACGACCUAGAGUCUUCUUAAAUUUGGGGGCAAAAAAUGCUUUAGGAACUCAAGAGUGGUCCCUAUAGGGGAUACCUAAAGACCCCUUGGAAGGUCCCUUCUAGUGACCACUAUACCGAAAAAGUGGUCCCUAUAGGGGAGAUUCUAGUCGAUGAUUUUCAUGAACUCUAUGCGAAGAAGCAUUUUCAUGGGAAGAACUCAAUAAAUAAGCGUUUUUUAAAUAAAAUUGAAAGUCCCCUAUAGGGACCACUUCAGCUUCAUAGCUCUGGGAUCAGACCCUGAAGCCUUAUAGGAACGACUUUUCCGACCCCUUAAAAGGUUGUUUAUUCACCUAAUCCCUACAGGGACCACUCUCAAAUUUCGAAGUUAGCCGCGUUUUUCUGCGUUUCCUGCUUCUGUAAAAUAGGGAAAAAUGGGCCUAAUGGAAGAUUUGAAAUUCAAAAUUUUGAAUCAAGGAGAUGAAAGAUAAUUCUUGUACUUUGAAAAUACAGCCGUGGUGCGCGUUUUUCUUCGCCUUAUGAAUUUAUGAAUUUUCUUGGUUGGUGUGCUCAGAAGAUAUUUCAAAGCUCUCCCAGUCAUACACCUGUUCAUUUCAGGAUGAACGGCAUGGAUCAACGACGGCAGUCCGACGUGUCCAAGAAGCUCCUGAAGGCGACGGAUUCGUUACUGACGAAGAAUAGUCGGGAACUUCAUCUCAAGGAGAAAUUCAGUCCGGCUGUGUCAAAGUGAGAUAUUGAAACGUCAUCAAGCUGUAAAUAAUGAAUUCUUCAGACCGACAUCAACGAGGAUGCCGACUAUCAAGCCGGAAAUGCCUUCGGAUUCUUCAGAUACUGAAGAUUCAUCGUUUUCUUCGCCACUGAGGUCGCCUCAUCUCGUUGAUAUCAGCGAGGAUCACGUCGAUCAGCUUGUCAAUGGGUUCGGGAUUUCUCCUAGUUUUCUUUGAAUCUUGUGGACUUUUCAGCGUCAGCCUUCUGACGGCCGACCAUCACCAUAUUCGGAGGGCUUCUAUUGAGACGCUUAUUCAGAACGGACAGAAUGCGGUGAGAUAAUCCGAGUUUUCUCAGGAGUACUUGACUAAGAAAAGUUUAUCGGGCCCCGAGAGGGGGACAACUGGGGGUGCUUGUAGAGGUCUACCCCGGGGCCACGAAAAUCUGGUUUAGGCCCCUCUAUAGGGGUUGAAACAAAAGGGGCCCCUAGAGGGGUAGGAUCAAAUUUUCACUAGAAUUCGCUUCCUCAUAUUCGUCCCUUACUCUUUCAAACAACGCCCCUUAAACAAUUUUUAAGAAAAUUUACCCCUAUAAGGGUCCCUCGUUUAGGGAGUUCAAUGGAAGCUCCGGGUCCCCUCUUCCCUAAUUUUCCGGUCCUAUCGGGGCCCCGAAAUGGCCAAAUUCCUAUCGGGUAUCAAAUAAUGCGAAUAAAUAGUUUUUUUUUGUUGUCAAGGCUUAGAGCAGUCUGACCUAUCUGUGCUCUCUUUUCCCUUGCCGGCACGUUCAAAGGAGCAUGAAGUAGCCCUUCACGCGAUUUUUCAUUAUCUGUGUUUUUUUAAAAGCUACUUCGCCUCGAGAACUUGUCUAUGCGCCUUUAAACACCAAAGGGUUUUGAGAAUUUUUGGUAAUAUCGGAUUAUGUAUCGGGUCUUGAAAAUGACCAGCUUGUAUCCCAUCAUCAUUUCUCGGCGCAAUUCAAGUUUUUCAGAACCUCGAAAGCCUGAUCCUCAAAUUUCCGCACAACUACUCGGAUACGGACAGCGGCGGCGCGAGGACCCCUCAGACGGACGUCGCUGCGGCCGUCGUCGCCAACGGGAAACCCAAUGGCAACGGCUACGCCAAGUAUGGCCAUCAGAUCGCCUCUCCGACUGUUAGGCACGUUUCUCAAGGGAUAGGAGAUGAGCGAAACACUUCUGCAAAACCUAGGGAGGAAAAGCCUGUCGCGGUAGUAGAAGCUGUUUCAGGGAUUUAUAACAUAUUCUUUUGCGCGUCAAAUAAAAUGCAUUGUCUGCGGCUAAGUCGCAUUCCCAGACUUUUAAGCUUCAUAACUUCUUUCCUUUCAAAGUUACAGAGUUACUGAUCAUACCGUUAGAUUCAUCUGAUUCUCAGAUUUCUCACGCUUAGAUCUGCUUCCUAGGACGUCAUUUGAGUUUCCAAUUGCUGUUUUGCUGAAUUCGUCUUUUUUCAGUGAUUCGACGCCAGUUUCCGGUGAUUCCUUGCUCGGCGACACUUCCAUUGCCGCCAUCGACGACGACAUUCCUCUGCUUUAA